AUGACCACAGUUGGGGGCACAGCAGAGCCCAAGAUGAGCGCAUGGCUGAUCUUCAGCAUCGUCGUCAUCUCGAUGGGGUCCAUCUUUUGGGGUUAUGAUAUCGGCAUCUUGAGCACAAUCUAUGUCUCUCCCGGCUUCAACAAAGCUCUCGACAAUCCGUCCUCCAGCGACAAGGGACUCAUCACUUCCAUCUUCUACGCAGGCCAGUUCGUCGGCUUUGCAUUCUUUGCAGGUCCCUUGAACAAUCGCUAUGGUCGACGCUGGGCAGGUUUUGGAGGUGUGUGUCUCCUCUGUGUAGGCGCUGCCAUUCAAACCGGUUCAGUUCACCUUGCUAUGAUGGUUGUUGGAAGAAUUGUCGCUGGUCUUGGUACUGGGGUGGUAUCUACCUCUGUUCCGCUUUAUCUGAGUGAGAUCUCGCCUGCUAAGAACCGAGGACUCUAUGUUGCUGCGAACCAGGUCGGCAUUGUGUCUGGAAUAUCGAUCGCGUUCUGGGUUGGUUACGGAUACUCCUUCUGGAAGACUGGCAACGGCGUUGAUCUGGAGUGGCGUCUAUCCAAUGCCAUGCAAUUUGUUCCCGCUGUUCUCUUCCUAGUUGGUGUUCCUUUUAUCCCCGAGAGCCCUCGAUGGCUUGUCGAGUCAGAUCAGAUUGAAGCGGCAAGCCGCUCACUCUCCAAGCUACGCGGCCUUUCCCCAAGCGAAGUCCAACCCGAGCUCGACGAGAUCCACGCCAACAUUCUCUGGCACCAAGAAAACUCCAUCACGUCUGCACGCGUUUUUAUCCAGCAGAAGCCAUUGUGGUCGCGACUCUGGCGUGCGUGGUCACUUGCAUUCCUUCAGCAAAUGAGUGGUGCUGCUGGCAUCAGAUACUACCUCCCAACAAACUUUAUCGCUGCUGGUACCUCGAAGGAGUUGAGCCUGUUGGCGUCUGGUAUUGAUGGGACUGUUCAAGUUGCGUGUACUGUUGCUGCUAUGUUCUUCAUCGAUAAGCUUGGUCGAAGGCACUCGCUCGGUGUAGGAGCCGUGAUCAUGGCUUUUUGUCUAAUGAUCAAUGGUGCUCUUCAACUCGCGUAUCCUGGCCAGACAAACUCACACGCCAACUACGUCAACAUCUUUUUUAUCUUUUUCUUCACAGUUGGAUACAGCAUGGGCUUCGGACCAUGCGCAUGGAUUUACGCAUCCGAGAUCUUCCCAGCAAACUGUCGUUCCAAGGGUCUCGGUAUUUCCUCUUCUGGUGCAUCUCUGGGUUCCAUCAUCGUUGGUCAAGUUUGGCCCGUUGCUGUAUCUCGCAUCGGUCCGCGUGUUUACUUCAUCUUCAUGUCUUUCAACGUCUUCUCUGCGAUUCUUGUCUAUUCGUGCUACCCUGAGACAAAGAACAAGACACUGGAGGAGCUCGAUUCGCAUUUCGGCUCGCUUAAUGUUCACGCGGAGGAAGUUGCUACGCCUAAACAAAUGCUUGCUGUGGAAGAACGCGUCGAGGCGCGUACAAAGGACGCUUGA